AUGACGGCCUGCCACGACCCCGGGGCGUUGGAUGCCGCAUUUCCAACUUCAACAGCGGGCUCUGGUGCUUCUCCGAAAACUGCCAACAAUUCCUCCACCUCCCUCCCAUACCACCAAGGUAGUUGUUCGCGCAGCAACUCUAGACACCGCACGCCCAAGAAGGUACGAGAUCUCCUCGGGCAAGCCAAAUCACUUCGACGUAAAGCGGCUGCGAAGAUGUCAGAGGCUCAUUUCCAACCAUCAUUGAUGAAGCGUUCACGCUCGGUGGGUAGUGGGGCUUCGGGACAGCGGGCGUCGAUGUCAGAGGAAGAAGACGAUGAUAAAGAGGAGGAUGGUAGCAUGUCGACUGAGGAUAGCACGGAUAAACAGGAUAUUCCACCUUUUUUAAAUUCCUCACCUGCAGAAAUACACCAGAAAUUCAACGAAAUUGACAUUCUCCAGGCUGCUCGUUUGUCCGGAGCCCGGGAAUCAGCUGCGGGGAAUGAAUCGCAGAAAUGGGUGUUGGAAAAUCGCCCGGAAAUUCUACCAAGGAAUCGGUACAUCAACAUACAAGUGUGGUCACAUUCUCGGAUCCAUCUUAAAGUACCAGAUGGGGAGUGCGACUUUAUCAACGCAUCGCCGAUUUCUUUGAGCCACUCUAAAACCGGAAGUCCUGCUCGCUAUAUUGCUGCACAGGGUCCAAAGACUGACUACAUAGAACACUUUUGGAAUAUGGUGUUUCAUGAAAGCGGGGACUUUGCAGUUGUCAUUAUGCUUACUCAAAGCUACGAACAAGGCAAAGAGAAAUGUGCGCCAUAUUUCCCAUUGAGCAUGGAAAACCCCAUUUUUCACUUUCACCAUGCCCUAUCAGAUCCAUUUAUAGAUCGUAAGGGUAAAGACCAGGCGGAUAAAUCCGUUGCUGGAAAGGUGACCCUCCUGGAAUAUACCUACGACCAGAAAUGUCGCUCUGAGAUUCGCAAACUCGAACUUAACCUUGGAUCUCAAACCAAGGUUGUCUGGCAUUAUCUAUUUGCUGGGUGGUCUGAUUAUAUGAAACCAGAGGGGAAAGACCGUGAUGCUCUCAUCGAGCUAGCCAAAGUUUCGGCGGAAAGGGCGGGCUCGCUGGAAAAUCCUCGCAUUGUACACUGUAGUGCCGGUGUAGGCCGCACAGGCACGUUCAUAACCAUCGAUCACCUGUUAAGGGAGAUGCAGACAGGAAACCUAUUGGAGAUAACCAGCGGCGCAGAUCCGAUUUUCGAUACGGUGAAUCUCCUCCGCGAACAGCGGAUGUCCAUGGUCUAUACUGAAAUGCAAUACCAGUUUCUUUACGAUAUUCUCAAAGAACAAGCUCUCAAUUUCCCUGGCCAGGAUAAUAUACCUGGCAAGAAAGCGAAGUCCUCCGGAUCACGCUCGCAGAAGAUGGCAAAGUAUUCUGACGAUAGCGCGUUUGAACCUACACAAAAGGAAGAGCUUAUUCCAAUUAUUGAUUUUAUCCCUACCCCAGGCGCAAGUUAG